AGCAUAACAAGGGGAACACAAUAUGGCUAGGCUGUUUUAUCAAUAAGUUCUGAAUAAGUUCAGCACUGUUGGACAUUUGUACAAAAGCUGAAAGAUGCCUGCAGCCGCAGACUGGAAGCUGCUCAUGGGAGUAGACCCAGAAGAUCUGGGAGAAGAUGAUGAGAAACUCUGUGAUUUGAUUUUGCUGGUUAAACCACGGGACCUGAAAGCAGAUGAUUCGGAGAAAAUGAUUCAGCUCUUUAGAAUCUUACAAACACUACUGAGGAUGAAACUGGAUGAAAUUAAAUGUGCCUAUGAGGUUGUAGACAGCACAGGUGUGGAGCAAGCAAGAAUUGAAAAUGAGCUGAAAGCCAAAGUGCUAAAGCUGGAAGGUGAGCAAGAGAUGGCCCAGCAUGUGAUGGGAGGGGGAGACACACGCUUCCUCCGGGAUGAGAUUCACCAACUGGAGAGUCACCUGGAGCGCAAAGAGAGAGAGGUGACCCAGCUGGAGAAGGAAAUGGGCAAGGAGAGGAAAGCCAAUGAGGAGGUAGGCACUUUCCAAAACGAACAGCUGCAACAGGAUGUGGAGUUCUACAGAAAGGAAGUAGAGCAGAGAGACCCUCUUCAGACCAAAGAGGAGAGCAAUGAGAUUCAGAGGAGACUUACCAAAGCCAACCAACAGCUCUACCAGUUCAUGGAAGACCUGCAGGUCAUAUAUGAACUGUGUGGCGCCGUGCAAGAGAGGGACAACCAGAUCAAGAUGCUGUCAGAGCAAGUCGAGCAGUACACAACAGAAAUGGAAAAGAAUGCUGUGCUCAUCGAGGAGCUGAAGAAACCGUUAAAGAAAGAUAAAGGUCACGUCAGCAUGCAGCAGCGUAGGUUGGAAGGCUUGAGCACUAAGCUGCAGGCGGCUGAGAGGAGAGCUCUGGAGGCUGAGCGUGCCGCCCAACUGGCUGAACAUGAUGCCAGGGACAAAGACAAAGAACUCAAUGACACCCUCAGUCGAAUCCGACUCUAUGAGUCUGGGACGGAUGGUUUGAAAGCGGCCAUCACUGAGCUCAAAGAAUGUAAAAAUCAAAUCCGAGUGAGAGACCGGGAAACAGAAUCCAUGAUAAAAGAGAUAAACCAACUGGAGAUCAAAAUCAACAAUCUGCUAGAUGAGAAUGAAGACCUACGAGAACGCCUUGGAUUAAAUCAAAAGGAAGAAUUGGAUUUGAGUGAAUUCCGCAGAUCAAAGAUUUUGAAGCAGAGACAGUACAAAGCAGAGAACCAGGUCCUGCUGAAAGAGAUUGAGCGUCUGGAGGAGGAAAGGCUCGAGCUUAAUCAACACAUUCGUGCGCUGGUGAAGGACAAAGGCAUAUCAGUAGUUAGUAGUUCAAUGCGUGAUGACAGAGUUGAAGAAAAGCCCAGCAGAUCUUUUAGAGAGAGGCCUGUCUCUGGAUUCACAGACGAAGAGAUGAAAUGCAAAAAUGAGCAUCUGCAGAAAGAGCUGAGCAACAAAGAGAAAGAACUUGAGCUCAAGAGAACAGAAUCCGCCCAGUUCAAAGCCACAUUGAAUGAAAUGCUGAAUGAGAAUAAACAGCUGGAGCAGGGCAUGAAGGAGAUCCUGCGGGCCAUCCAGGACACUCAGAAGAAAACACCCACAUCCACUGGCGUCAGCAUUCCCAGCCUGGACAGACUCGUCAAUGCUCUGGAGAUGAAGUACUCAGAGGGAAAGUUUGAUGCAAGCCUCCACCUCAGAACGCAGGUAGAUCAGCUGACCGGCCGCAACGAGGAGCUACGGCAAGAGAUGAAGGCAGCUAGAGAGGAGGCAGCAAACACUCUCAAUCAGUUAACUAAAGCUAAUGAGAAGAUUGCUCGCUUGGAAAGUGAGGUUGAAUCAGUGGGCAAAUCAACUGGCACUGCCAUCCCUUACAAGUCAUUAGCUCUGCCUGAAGAGAUGACGCCCACUAGUGCGGAGGUCAUCAACACACUCAACGAGUACAUGGUACAACUCCUACAGGAGAUCAAAAACAAAGAAGAUUCCAUUGAGCAGCUCAGUUCGGCUCUGGAAGAAUAUAAAAGGAAAUUUGCAGUGAUCCGCCAUCAACAAGGACUACUAUACAAGGAGUAUCAAAGCGAGAGGGAGUCUUGGCAGAAAGAGAGAGACUCUUUUGCCGAACUGAAAUCCAAAUUCGAGGAACAAAGGGAGGUGGACGCAGUGAAAAUCAAAGAGUACAAUCACUGGCUUGAGGCUCUUGAAAAGGACCCGAAUGAGAUCCGACGGGAGCUGGCCGAGACGGCCCGAAAAAUGGCGGUUCUCAGGGUGAAUGAGAAGUGUCUGACACGACGUUAUACGACUCUGCUUGAGCUCGAGCAACACUUGAGGAAGGAGAAUGGCAAACUGAAGGAUGAUUUCAUUCAAAUGGAGGCCGCUAUAACUGAAAGAAUCGGCUACCUGCAGAGGUACAAGGAAAUGGCAGCGUUUAAUAUGGCCGCAUUGCAGAAAUCCCUUGACAGUAGUGUUCCUGCAUCAGAGCUGGAGAGAGCCAAUAAACAAUACACCGAGCUCACCAUCAAGUACAGAAACAGAAAGAUACAGAAAGACAAUCACCUUGUUCAGAAGACAACCACGCUGGAGCACUUGGAGAAGGAGAAUGUGUCUUUACUUGAGCGCAUUAACUUCAUCAAUAAAGAGCUUGAGAUCAGCAAGGAGAUGCUUCACACAUUGGAGCAGGCCUGGGAAAACAUCAGCACGACUGGUGGUGAGAACAGCAUGGGCAAGGCAGCCAAAGCCCUGGCCAACAGCGAGAUUGUAUCUGUGUCCAGACGCAUCACAACGCUGGAGAUGAAGGAGUUAAAUGAAAGGCAAAGGGCCGAACAUGCUCAGAAGAUGUAUGAGCACCUGAGGAACUCCCUCAAACAGGUGGAAGAGGUCAACUUUGAGCUAGAGACCAAGUUUGCUGAGCUCACAAAAUUAUACCUGGAGGCUCAGCAGAUAGAGCGGGAGCUCAGGGAUGAGCUGGCGGACAGUGUAAGCAAAGACAUCAGCGAUGCCGAUCGCAAGCGAAUCACCGAACUGGAGAAAACAGAUGCAGACCUGCGGAUUGAAGUGUCCAAAUUGCGGGAAGUGUCGGAUGUCGCUAAAAUGCAAGUGUCUGCUCUGGAGGCCAGACAGCAGUCAAGAGAGAAGGAGGUUGAAAGCCUGAGGAGACAGGUGUUGGACUAUCAGGCUCAGUCCGAUGAAAAGGCCCUUAUCGCCAAUCUCCACCAGCACAUUGUGGCUCUCCAGUUGAGCGAGACCUUAGCCAUCAGCCAACUGGAAGCCACCAACACACGCCUGCAGAAACUUGAAGCGCAGAAGCUCAGAGUUGAACAGCAGAUGGAUGCUCAGCAGCAGGCACUGUGGCAUGCGAGGCAGGAGGGUCACCAGCGGGCCAGACACCUCCGCCACACCAGCCAGGCUCUCCGCAGACAGUUCUCAGGAGCCCUGCCGCUGGCCCAACAGGAGAAGUUUUCCAACACCAUGCUCCAACUGCAAGAGAACAAGGCACGGGCCAGGGAGGAAGCAUAUAAGGCAGAGGAGGAGAGGAGGAAAGCAGAAGGAAAAGCACAAGAACUGGAGCUAAAGCUGAAGGGGUUGGAAGUGCUCAUAGCAACACUGAAAGAUGCCAAAGGAGCUCAGAAAGUGAGUGAGUGGCAUAAGAAACUAGAGGAAGUUCGUCUGUUGGAAAUGAGGCAGAGCAGAGAGCUUGAUGCCCAGCGGGAAGAGAUAAAAUACCUUAGGAACAUUGUGGCUGAGCAGGAACGCACCAUCGGUGGCCUGGAAGAGGAUCUGGUGCAGCAGAAUAAUCUUCUCGAGGAGCGGCAACUGAUCUGGGAUCAGGGAGAGGUGCAAUUGGAGCGCCAACUCGACACCUAUGAGAAACAGCAGAAUGAAGGCCUAAGCACAGCUCAGAAGUUUGAGGAAGCCACAGGCUCUCUACUGGAUCCAAAUCAGCCUUUAGCGCACCAGUUAGACUACGCUCUUGGAGAAAUCAAAGAGCAUGUUCGUACCAUCCUUGAGACAAAAGCCACCUUCAAAAGUCUGGAAGAGAAGCUGAAGGAAAAAGAAGCUGCAUUGUGGACAUCAGAACAAAACAUCUUAUCCAGAGACAAAGUGAUCAAUGAACUGAGGCUUCGCCUACCAGCCGCUGCUGAGAGAGAGAAACUCCUAGCUGACCUGAGCAAACAAGAGGACUCUGAUAGCCAGCCCGCCCUGAAGGUCGCCCACCAGACCAUUAAUAACCUACAGGGGCAUCUGGAUCAGAAAGAAGAGGUUCUCAAGAAGUACCAGAACCUGUUAGCAAAGGCUCGUCAGGAGCAGGAAGAGAUUGCCAAAAGGCAUGAGGAAGAGGUCAGGUCCCUGCAUCAGAAACUGGAUGUCUUAAUGGACGCAUCACUGGACCGUUUCAAACAGACCGCUCUGGAGCUAAUGAAGAAGCCCACCAUCACUGUACCGACCAAUAAGCACUUGGUGCAGUUGGCAGAAAUGGAGCAGACGGUGACCGAGCAGGACAAUUCUCUCUCCUCACUGACACACAAGCUGAAGGUCGUCACUGCAGAGCUGGUCCAACAAAAACAGGUGACUGCAGCACAAGCCAUGGAGCAUGCUGCAGAAAUAUCCAGACUUGAGGAGAGACAUGUUGCCCAAGUGAAGGGUCUGUCCCAGGAGGCAGAAGAGCUGAGAGCUCAGCUCAUUCAGAUGGAGAAAGAGCUGCAUUACCUCCGCACGGAGCUAGAGGCCCAGAAAGAGGCUAAUGUCAGGUCACCAUCCAACACCAUGAAGAACCUUGUGGAGCGGUUGAAGACUCAGUUGGCCCUCAAGGAGAAACAGCUGAAGAUGUGUUUUUGUGUGUGUAUUUGGUGUUUGUCUGUGCAGGCUCAGGUUGAGAGUGAUGGGCCCACAGUUGAAGCUCUUCAGAAGAAGAUCUGUAAGUUGGAGCAGGAGCUGGACAGGAAGAGCAUCUCAGAGCCUGCAGACAAGAGGAGCGUCCUGAAUGAGGACAAGUCCUUUAAAGAAGAAAUCGUGAGAUGGGAGCAAGGUAAAAAGUGGCAGGCCAGGGUGGAGAAAGUGCGGAGCGUUCUCAAGGAGAAGGAGAAGGAGAAAGAAGUGGAAUCUCUGGCUAAACAAUUAACAACAAUCAAGGAACUUUACAGCAGGUUGGAGCAGGAGAAGGUGGGUCUCCAGAAGAAACUAAAGGGCAGAGGAGUGUCUGCAGAUCAGGUCAUUGGUGUACGGACACUCGAGGCUGACAGAGAGAUUGAGGAGCUACAAAAAAGGAAUGCUGAAUUGGAGCAGCAAAUCAAAGUGAUAAAGCAGCAGCAGGCUUUACACCAUGAUGCCGCAAUUGAGGAUAUUACCAUCAGGAACCGUUAUCUUGAGGAGAGGCUUCACUCCCUGGAGAGUCAACUGUCCAAAGAGUCUUCAUCCAGACCAUCUAAAAAACAUGUGGCAUCACCACCUCAGCUCAGUUGGUCCUCAAAAGUUGUUCAUUAUAUGACUUUCGAUAUUAGUGAAGGUGAACAAACUCGGUCUCCAUUAGUAAAUGACACAAUCCCUGGAAAAGAAGCUGUCCCCGAAAAGGAAAUAGCAGUUACAGAGGACAAAGCAACUCAAACUUCAUUCAGAAGCAUGAGUGCAGCAGAAGUGAGUCAAGAUGAGGAAAAGAGCAAGGAGAAUGUAGAAGAGAGCGUUGCAGAUGUAGAACCAGAAGAUCUGGUCAAUGAGAACAAAAGUGAAGAGGGAUUGGUUGAGAACGAUAUAGAGGAACCAGAUGAGACUCGAGGAGGACAAGAGGAAGAACUGAAGACUAAUGGAGAUGCAGAAGAACUAGAUUCAGGACUGACGCAUCAAGAGAUGACAGAUAAGCCUCUUGAAGAAUAUCAAAAAACUGAAAAUGAAAAGACAAACACAGAAGAAAGUAGGACUCACACAGAGCCAGAGAUAUUAAAAGAACAUCUGGAGGAUGAGCAACAGGAAAGAGAUAAGGAGCAAGAACCUGAAGAACAACGUAUCGAGUCUUUGAAAUCUGAAGGUGAUCCAAGCCAAUAUUUGAAAACAUCUGCAGGAUCUAAAGAGCUUGAAGAAAAAGCAGCAGCACUCAGCACAGUUGAUGCCAAACCAUUGCCUGAAGAACCAGCAAUGGACGAGACCAUGUCCUUCAUCCCUGAGGAAGACGUGGACCAUAUUUUAAGUGAGAACGUAAAAUGUUCCCUCACUAAGGAGCUGAACGCAGGUGUUAUUAAAACUGAACUUGAUGUCUUGGACAUUCUUGGAUCUGUAGAAUCAGAGGUCACCACCUUUGCCAAAUAUUUUCCAAUUAGACUGGCCAAUAAACAAGUUGAGAGGGAAAAAGCUCAACUUCUUCAAAUUCAAUGGUACGAUGAGCAGUUUGGAACCAGCAAAGCAGGACCAGGAUACAGUGAGCUCCAGGAACAAAUUAAGGCAGCAAAUACUGAAAAGAAGAAAUUACAGGAUGAAGUGAAAAAGCUGACCAGAGAGCUGGAAAACUUUGACCCGACAUUUUUCGAGGAACUUGAGGAUCUUAAGUACAAUUACAAUCUGGAGGUGAAGAAAAACAUCAUCCUGGAGGAACAGCUGAAGAAGCUGUCGGAUCGGUUUGGAGUGGCGGUUCCCAUAGACGUGUCUAUCAGCUAACA